AUGAUCGGAUUCCACCCAGGCCAGAGCUGGUCGUCGCAGCCAAACCAGGCUUACGCUAACAUGGGCACGCCCUCGUUCAGCUCGGCAGCUGCUUCGUCCUCAGCCGACCCAACAUCGCACACGUCUCAACCCAUCGUCACCGGUACUUCGGUGCUCGGUAUCAAGUACAAGGACGGAAUCAUGCUUGCCACAGAUACGCUCGCCUCGUACGGCUCGCUCGCACGCUUCAUGGACAUCACUCGUAUCUCUCAAUUCGGCCAGAACACGCUCAUUGGCGCAAGCGGCGAUAUGAGCGACUGGCAAUACGUCCAGCACAUGCUUGGGAAACUCAUCACAUCCGAGGACGUCGCCGCCGACGGACACAACCUGACGCCAACUCAGAUUUACGCCUACUUGGCUCGAGUGAUGUACCAACGAAGAUCGAAGAUCAACCCGCUUUGGAACUCGUUCGUUCUCGGAGGUGUCGAUCCGAAGGACGGUACGCCGUUCCUGGGCUACGUCGACUUGCUCGGAACGACGUUUACUAGCAGCACGAUCGCUACUGGAUUCGGCAUGCACUUGGCUCAGCCGCUGCUGCGAAAGAUGGUCGAGGGUAGGGAGGAUUCCUUGACGGAAGCAGAGGCAAAGGAAAUCAUGGAGAAUUGCAUGAAGGUGUUGUAUUACCGCGAUGCGAGAUCGUUGAACAGGUUCAGGGUGGCAAAGGUAACCAAGGAAGGCUGCGAGAUCUCAGAACCCUACAGUGUUCCCACUUCGUGGGGCUUUGCCGAGAUGCUGCGCGGAUACGGCCCCCAGACCCAGUGA